CUCUGUAGACCAGGCUGGCCUCGAACUCACAGAGAUCCACCUGGCUCUGCCUCCCGAGUGCUGGGAUUAAAGGCGUGUGCCACCACUGCCCGGCGUUUUCAUAUUUUUUAAAGAUAGAGUUUUCUGUAAGCCUGACUGCCUUUGGACACACUAUGUGUUACAGGAUGAUUUUGGUCCUGCUGCCUCUACCUCCCAAAUGCUGGGGUUACAGGCCUGUGCCACCAUGCCUGGACACACCUUUGGACUUGGAUCUACUCCCCACUCCCCCCAAAAAAACUCAAGGUGAAAUAAGUUUUUCUUUAUAAUUAGUCCGUGCCCAGUGUUUCCUGGCCCAGGCCGAUCUAGGCUGACCUAAGACCGACCUGUUGGGGAACCCCUGAGUGUCAUUCCCCUUAGACCAGAUCCUGUGUCCCGAAAAUUUACAUGCUCACCUUGCUUGAACUGGAAAUUAUAAAUGGACACAAAUGUGUGGUUGGAAGUCUGGCAGUCCGCUUUGGGGUUUGUAAUACUUGGAGUAUUUAAUAUUUUGAGACAAGGCAUCUCUUUGCAGGUCUGACCUCCUUCUUGCCUUUGCCUCCUGAGAUUUGGGAUCACACGCGUGCACCAGUACACCAGGCUUGAUACAAUUCUCCUUCAGUUUGCUCCUGUUUGCCAAUACACGAAACAAUGGCGUGGGAAGUAUUGCUAGAGAAGCCAGUGGAAGCCAGGGACCUGAGGGACGCACCCUCUGGGCCCUUGGGGCGGAGACUCCGUGGAAGAGAAGGCUUACAGCUGUCUCCAUGGCGACGCAUCACAAAGGCACAGCUCAGAGGGUGGGGACGGAGCGGAGCAUUUCUGCCUUGUCAAGGCGGGAGACGGCCUCUGGGGAGAAGAUGGCCCAGUGUAGGGACAAGGCUCCGUGCCCCACUCAAUGUGACCCCAAGCUCCAGUCAAGAAUUCUUCCAGUGGACACUCCCUAAAGGGAAACCAGCCCACCCCCUCCCUUGGAUAGAGGCUCCAUCCAUGGAAAAAGUCCGGGAGGCGAUAGCAAAUCAGUUUGUUUCCCAUACCAAGAGGGACUUCGUGGAUGUGGCUCAAGCUAAGAAGACCAUGAAAAAGUUUCCCACGUCCCUGGACUGGAAAGCGUUCCUUCCCCGACCUCUGGACACCGAAUUCCGGCACCAUUACCAAAUUCCAGCUAAGAUUCCUGAAUUGCAGGAUUUUAGUUUCAAAUACGGAUGCUACUCAGGCCUGCCUGUUGCUUCCCAGGGUCUGGUGCCCUCUGUACUGCACAGCUACAUCCGGAACCAGGAGCGUACAAAGCAGCAGACCACGUAUGAGAACGACUACGGGAAAAACUGCCUGGACUUCUUGAUGAUCUUAGACUCAUUCAGCCCCUCCCAAAUCAGCAGGUACCUGGAGAGUGUUUCCAACAAAGACAGGCAAAUUCUGGAUCGCUUCAUCCGAUCUCACUGUGACGCCAAUCAGGGGGCAAACAGGAAAGGACAACAAAGUUGCUCGAAGAGACCCUGAGGCCAGCGACGUGCCCAGCUCCACCCAGUCGUUUCCUAAUCGUCAAGGAAAACGAGGUGAACUUGCUCGAGUACACUGCGGCAGUGUGACUGUGUAUGUUCUGCUGUGUUCUGUUUUUAAAUGAAACCAAUUAAAGUUACACACUGCCCUGAGGACAUAGCUUUAGCUGUGUCCCAUGGGUUUUGAUGUCA